AUGUCCGCUUCCAGAUCCGACCAUUUGGCACUCGGCUAUUCCGCGCACUCGGCCAGCCAGAACCGCUCCAACUCGCCGUCUGCCACAAACCCGUCAAUCGAUCCCUUGUCGGCCUCGACCAGGUCAGUCUUUGGCCUUGCCGGCGGCAUGAACGCGAGCGGCAUCAUGGGCAGCAGCGCGCGAUCCGGGGCUGGUUCUCCGUCGCACGAGAUGUCGGCUUCUAGCCGGCUCUUUUCCAAAAGGGCUCGCGAGAUUCAAGCCCAAGAGGGCGUCCCAGGUCUUCCUUUAAAUCUCUGGGGCGGGCCGCCGACGAGCGGAAACUCGACUCCUCUCCGAGAGAACAUCCCCGAAUCUCCCACAGACGGUUUUCCAGACUUCGUUCAGCUGCCUACCCCCGAGAGCUUGCCUCCGACUAGACGUGCUCGAGCUGGUACCGUGCCCUCACGAUUUCCCGGAGGAAUUGGCAACAACCUUCUGGCUGUACCUGGGGUGCCUGCCAAGUCUGCCCGCGUCACGCCCUCUCAAAGCCCCUUCAACAAAUCGCCGUCUCCCGGCAUUGAGCAGCCUGAGAGCAACAGCACCGGCACCGGCACCUCGACUCUCCUCUCCCGGCUGCGUGCUGGGUCUAUGCCACAGCGCAGUCCCUUUGCCAAUCUUCCCACUUCGGCUUCGCCUUUUGGUCCCUCAAUUUUCAGCAGCUGGAACCCAUCCGGCCUUGGCCGUGAGCGAGGCUCUACUCUUGCCAGCAUCGCGAGCGUUGGCUCCAACGGCCCGAGCUCGCCCGCCCAGUCUCAAUUCUCCCGUGAAGGCGGCGGUGAAUCUGAUGUGCAUAUGAGAACUUUGGAUUACCUUGGCCUUGCUGAAACUCCACAGCCCGCGAGAGCUCAACUUGCUACGCCGUCCUACCUUUCCCAGUUCGACAUGACUCGACAAAUCAGCCGCUUCCGGUCCUACUCCGUCAACAACAAGGACAAGUAUGCUGACGAUGAGGACGACUUCGAGAAUGACAUGCCCAUGGACAGCCAGUAUGCCGCCGUGCUGCAGGAAGAAUUUGCCGCCACCCAGGCGGCAAUCCACAGCCACAACAUGGCCGUCCGAGCCUUCGCAACCCAGACCACCCGGCCGCGCGCCCGCACGGCCGGCGUCUUGGAUACGCCAGGAAGCCGGAUAGUGGGAUCCUAUGUCAACAGCAACCCUGCCGCCGUCACCAACUCCAUGCCCCAGGCUGAGAUCCGCUUGCCGGAAGAGAAGGAGUACGAAGACAUCUCGCAGGCGGUCGCCGGCAUGAAUCUGGGACGGUCCAACAGCCGCAAUGCUGGCAACCAUCUGAACCCCGAAGAACAGGGCCUCGAUGGACCCACCAGCGCCCUUUGGCUCGGUGGCAUUCCCACGUCCACCACCACCUCUACCCUUACCGAAAUGUUCAAGUCUCACGGAUCGAUUGUCUCUGCUCGUGUGCUCACACAUAAGAACUGUGGGUUUGUCAACUUCGAGCGAGUCGAGAGCGCCGUUUCUGCCAAGGCCAGCAUGAAUGGCAAGGAGAUCUUCCCUGGCGCAGGUCCCAUCCGCAUCAACUUUGCAAAGCCCCCCUCUGCUUCCAACACUCCGGGACACGAUGGAGCCUUUCCUUCGCCCAGCCCCGAUCCUUUCGGCAAGACCCAAGAAGCCGGAAAGGGAGCCUCGGCCGCUGGGCCUGGAGACAGCGCCUCGACUGCUGCUGCAGCGCUCAACAGUACCACACCCACACUGCCCCCUCUGGGAGACAUGGUGAACGAUAUUCUCGAGAUUGUUGGCGAGUUCGGCGCCACCGAGGAGGAUCGGGCUCAGAUCUCGAAAAGCCUGCAGUCGGCGGUCCAGUACAACGACUACAAAGAGGAGAUCCCCCCUGUUCGAGAGCCAACCCACACACGGGUCCAUGACGCCCCCAAGCUCAGAGACAUUCGCAAGCGCAUCGACAACCAGAUGCUCUCGCAAGCAGAGAUUGAGAGCAUUGCCCUCGAGAUGCUUCCCGAGAUUGCCGAGCUUUCGUCCGAUUAUCUCGGCAACACGGUCGUCCAGAAGCUGUUCGACCACUCCUCAGACCAGAUGAGGGAUGCAAUGCUCGCCGAGAUUGCGCCGCACCUGGCCGAGAUUGGCAUUCACAAGAACGGCACAUGGGCCGCCCAGAAGAUCAUUGACGUUUGCAAGACGCCCAGUCAGCUCUCCCUCAUUGUAGAGAGCCUUCGGCCCUACACCGUCCCUCUCUUCCUCGACCAGUAUGGAAACUACGUCCUUCAGGGAUGUCUCAAGUUUGGUGCCCCUUACAACGACUUCAUCUUCGAGACCAUGCUCGCCCGCAUGUGGGAGAUCUCGCAGGGUCGCUAUGGCGCGCGAGCCAUGAGGGCCUGCCUGGAGAGCCACCACUCAACCAAGGAUCAGCAGAGAAUGCUGGCCGCGGCCAUUGCGCUGCACAGUGUUCAGCUGGCCACCAACGCAAACGGCGCUCUCCUUUUGACUUGGUUCCUGGACACCUGCACCUUUGCCAACCGUCGUCACGUUCUUUCCCCGCGGCUUAUCCCGUACUUGGUACCCUUGUGCACCCACAAGGUCGCCUACCUCACAGUGCUCAAGGUGAUCAACCAGAAGAACGAGACUGAGGCCCGGGACAACAUCCUGAAGCAUCUCUUCUUCUCCCCCAACGACCAGGUUCUCGAGGCUAUUCUCAGUGACCAGGCCUGCGGAGCCACGUUCAUCUUCAAGGUCCUCACGACACCCUUCUUCGAGGAGACUAUGCGGCUCGAAGUCACGGAGAACGUCAAAAACGUCCUGGUCAGGAUCAAGGCGCAGGCAAACCAAGGCUACAAGCGGCUCAUGGACGAGGUCGGCCUCUCCACCCGGACAGCUGGGCCCAACCGAGACGCCAGCACCCAUGCAGAGCAGCGACAGAGGCCAAACUCACGACAGGCCAACGGACACGGCCAGCAGGGUGGCCAGUCCAAUAAGGCGUUUUACAACGGCGCCCCUGGCGGUCCUCCGAACUUUGACGCCCAGCAGAGAGGCGACAAUGGCGACGUCGGGGCACCCCCAUACGCACCCUACAACCAAGGCAUGAUGUACAAUGGGCCCAACGGACCCAUGCCUACGGCAAUGGCCGUUCCGCAGCUCCAGUAUCCUCAGGGCAUGAUGAACCGCGGAAAUCCCCAAAUGGCCUAUCAAUACCAACCGAUGCAGCCCGCAUAUGGUGGCUACCCCGGCCAGCCUGUUGAUCAGUACCGCCAGCCCAACAUGCCCAACGGCGGGCCAAUGCAACAACCCGCUGGAGGCCAGCCACCUUACGCUCCACCCCCUGGUUUUGGCAUGGUUGGCGGAUAUGGCUACGGAGGAAACAUGGGAGGCAUGCAGCCCAACAUGGGAUAUAUGCAACAACAAGAGCAGGUCAAUGGUAGACGCGGCCGCGCACGUCCCUCCUCUUCAAAUCGACAGGGCCGCAACAACUACUAG